UUUCCGAAUUCGAACCAGUCUAGUCUGGACCGUGGCAUUAACCACGGUAACUCAAGAGUUGAGUCGGCCCCAAUAAACCUAUUUUACUGUGUAUUUCUUGAACUAAUUAUUCACUUUAGAUAUUUGUGUUUCCAAAUGGAUACCAACAGUGUUAACUAUCAAGCCUUAAAAAAGUAUAAAAAUCAGAUAUUUGCCACAUUAGCAGUGAACAUAAUUACAUUUUCGCAAGGACACGGAAUUGCGUGGUGUGCCCCUUCUCUUCCGCUUCUACAAUCUGAAAAUUCUCCUCUCAUCUCUGGGCCUAUUACUGUUGAGGAGGCGUCAUGGAUUGGAUCAAUGGUCUGCAUUGGGGGUGUCAUUGGAAGCUUUUUAUUUGGUGUAUUAGCUGAUCAAGUGGGCCGAAAAAAGGCUCUCUAUUUACUCAUCAUACCGCACAUAGGUUUCUGGUUACUCAUAAUGUUUGGUACCACACCAGUUCAUUUAUACAUUGCCCGGCUACUUAGCGGAACAUCGGGAGGUGGUGCUUUUAUUGUUAUCCCAAUCUUUGUUGCCGACAUAUCCGAUAACAAAAUUCGUGGAGCUCUUGGAUCAGUCAUCACAAUAAGUUUUAAUACGGGAUUGCUUUCAGGAUUCAUUCUUGCGUCACAUCUUAGCUACAGCUUAUAUCCACGAAUUAUAAUUGGAUUUGCAGCAUUUUAUAUCCUUGCAAUAUAUUCUUUGCCUGAAACUCCUCAAUAUCUUAUCAAAACUAAAAGAAACGAUGAAGCGGAAAAUGCGCUGAGGUUUUAUCGAAAUUUCGAAGCAGCAACUAAAGAGGAAUGUCAGAAAUUCAACGAACAUCUCGCAAACUGGAAGGAUACAAUAAAUGGUGGCGAAAAGAAUAAGAAAGCGAGGAUAUCACACCGAGAUUUCUUAAAGCCGGCUGCUGUUCGGGGUUUGCUAGUGAGCCUUGUCGUAUUAUUCUUGAAUCAAGCCAGUGGAUUGUUCGCCUUGAUCAACUACACAUCGAACAUAUUCGAAAUGUCCGGAUCAAGUAUGGAUCCAAAUACAUGUACCAUCAUCGUAGGAGCUAUUCAACUAUUGGGAACAUUCUUUGCAACCAACUACGUCGACAAGAUGGGUAGAAGGAUCCUAUUGAUCAUGUCCUGCUUAGGGGUUGCCUUAGGAAGCUUUGCGCUCUCCAUUUUCUCAUUCCUCAGCACCACUCACGACUUGUCCUCCUUAAGCUGGAUCGCAGUAACAAGUGUCUCAUUUUCAAUAUUAUUAGGGUCGUUUGGACUAAUACCACUGCCAUCGGUAAUAAUAACGGAGAUCAUGCCACAAAAGAUAAGCGCAACUGCAGUUACCUUUUGCUUGUCCGUUCAUAGCGUCAUCGCAUUCAUAGUACUAAAAAUCUACCCCAUAAUGAUGGUAGAUUUGGGAUUGUACGGUGUAAUGGGAAUAUGUGGUGUAAUUUGUGUACUAGGAGCCAUAGGAAUUUACUUUUUUAUGCCUGAGACGAAGGGGAAAGAUCUGGAUCCCACCGAGGCCGAUUAAACGAAUCACAACAAAUAUUUUAAGAAGGGACGCAUAAUCGAAUUAUGCCCAAUUUAUUUUUAGCUAAAAUAAACCGGACAAAAACAACCAAAAAAU